ACUGCUUGCAUGAAGCGCCGCUGCAGGAAAGGAAAACCAAUACGUCACGAUUUCCGUUUCCGUCUAUUGGUCUGUUAACUCAGUGCAUUAGUGUGUUCGCCUAGGCGUGAGCAGUGCAGGGUUCGCCGUCAUCCAUCGAUGAGAUGGGCUUCUGUCGAUUGUCUAUUGAGAUUAUGGCAGAUUAUUUUUGUCUGUGGUCUUUUUCAAGAACGUGUAGUUAUCGUGUUAAACAUGCGGCGAAUUUAAUAUGCGCAGUAGUCGACACAAGAGAGGCAGCUCGGCGAAGGCUAUAUUGAAAUGCUUUUGACUCAACACCUUGGUUUUCUGCAGUGACAAUCGCGAAAAACAACAUCCGUUUUAUGGAUUUUUCACUGUCCGUAGAACUACAUAUUUAGUGACAUAAGAGUCAUGCGGAAAGGAGAUAGUGUGACGGUAACAUCAGUCUCCGAAGAAGCUCGGAGAGGGCGUGCACGUUUUGAAAUAUAGUCUAUUGUAUGCAUUAGCCUGUCACCACACUGUCUGUCUGAAGCACUUUGAGGUAGAUGGAAGCGGACGAAGUAAACGGCGAGUCCGCCGUGGACUCCCGAGAUGAAUGGACACUCCUGGCCUGGACCGCUUUGGCCGUAGCGGUACCCGUGAUUAUCACGCUGUGGUGCAGCGUGCAGCGCUCCAAACGGAAAAUGCUCAUAAAGGACAUCUUUCGCAGAAGCAAGCACGGGUGGCACUACACCGACCUUUUCAACAAGCCCACCUACUGCUGCGUCUGCUCGCAGCACAUUAUACAGGGCGCUUUCUGCGACUGCUGCGGGGUGUGUGCCGACGAGCAGUGCCUGCGCCGGGCCGACCGCAGCCUGCCGUGUAAGGAAAUCAUGGCUCCGGCCCAGGCGGAUGGAAGCCUGGCGCAUCGCUGGGCGCGCGGAAACGUUCCACUCUGCAGCUACUGUGCGGUAUGCAAACAACAGUGUGGCACUCAGCCCAAGCUGUGCGACUACAGGUGCGUGUGGUGCCAGAUCACCGUGCACGAGGACUGCAGGGCGGGGCUGCAGGACGGCAGCCGCUGUGACCUGGGAGAGUUCCGCAGCCUCAUCGUUCCGCCGCAUUACCUGCACCGCGUCAACAAGCUGCGCCGCGGCCAGAGCGAGGAGCACAGCAAGCUGGCGGAAAUGUGCGGGAGCGGCUGGACCCCCGUCCUCGUCCUGGCCAACACGCGCAGCGGGAACAACAUGGGGGAGGCCCUGCUGAGGGAGUUCCGCACCGUCCUCAACCCGGUCCAGGUGUUUGACCUAUCAGAGCUGCCCCCGGCCAAGGCCCUGCAGCUGUGCGUGCUGCUGCCCGCGGGCAGCGUGCGCGUGCUCGUCUGCGGAGGCGACGGCACGGUCGGCUGGGUGCUGGACGCCAUCGACGCCAUGAAGCUGAAGGGCCAGGAGCAGUUCGCCCCACAGGUGACCAUCCUGCCGCUGGGAACAGGAAAUGACCUGUCGAACACGCUGGGCUGGGGGGCGGGGUACGCCGGGGAGAUCCCCGUCGAGCAGGUGCUGCGGAACAUCAUGGACGCAGAGGUAGUCAAGAUGGACAGGUGGAAAGUGCAGAUCGCCUCUAAAGGGUAUUACAACUUUCGCAAACCAAAGGUCCUGUCCAUGAACAACUAUUUCUCCGUGGGUCCGGACGCCCUGAUGGCGCUGAACUUCCACGCCCACCGCGAGAAAACACCCUCGCUCUUCUCCAGCCGGAUCAUUAACAAGGCUGUGUAUUUCUUCUACGGCACCAAAGACUGCUUGGUCCAAGAAUGUAAAGACCUGGACAAGAGGAUUGAGCUGGAGCUGGACGGGGAGAGGGUUCCCCUGCCCAGUCUGGAGGGCAUCAUCGUGUGUAACAUACGCUACUGGGGCGGGGGGUGCCGGCUGUGGGACGGCAUGGGGGACGAGCCGUGCCCCCCUACCAGGCUGGACGAUGGGCUGCUGGAGGUGCUCGGGGUGUUUGGGUCCUUCCACUGCGCACAGAUCCAAGUGAAGCUGGCCAACCCCGUGCGCCUGGGCCAGGCCCACACAGUCCGGAUGGUGCUGAAGAGCUCACGCAUGCCCAUGCAGGUGGACGGGGAGCCGUGGGCCCAGGGACCCUGCACCAUCACCAUCACCCACAAGACGCAGACGCUGAUGCUGUACCACAGCGCGGAGCAGACCGACGACGACGACGACGACUCCAGCAGCUCCGACACCGACGCCGCGCUCAAACAACCAGUGCCAAACAGCAACAGCGCCCCCUAGAGUACCACCCCCAGGCCACUCCCAGUCGUAUCCUGCAUAUAAAGCCAACAUUACCUCUACCAAACCACACUCCCGCCCCCUUCCACAAACACUCUGCCCCCUUCCAAAUAUACUCCGCCCCCUUACUGCUCAUAGCCAGACCUGUGUCAAAUUGCUAUUUUAAAAUACUUUCUACUCUUUACAUGCCUGUAAAAUUUGAAAAUGCUUCACCACAUCCCUGACAAUUUAGUCUUUUAAAGUUGUCAGUAAUCUGCAGGAAUUUUACUAGAGUCCUAAUGGUUCAGUUAUUUUUGAUUAUUCUUUAACUGUGUCUGAUAACAUUUGUUCGCUUUGGGGGGGGGG